ACUCUCAUGGAAUCUUUGUCUGUUAUAGGCCUACAAACUGCAGGACAGUUGUAUGGAAGCAACGUGUCUUUUUGAUGCAGGUGGACGCAGUACGUACACUCUGUAAGGAAUGUGGUGUCGACUCUUGUGGUUCUAAGAUAGAUCUAAUUCUGCGCCUCAGAACCGAAAUGCAAAAUAGACAGGCCUACGACAAAGUGUUUCAGAAGAUCUGGGGAGCAUCAGGUGGUUUGGCUGCCAUCAUGUGUCUCUGCGGUGUUUUGUACAGCUUGAAGUUUAACAUCAGAGCAGAAGGCCCUAGAGACUUUGCAGAUAUGCUUCUGUCGUGGAAACAUAUGCCCAAUAUAUCAGUCUAUGACUUUGCACGAGGUCUUGUAAACCACACCAAUGUGAGAGUGCCAGAAAAUCCACCAUUCCAGCCAAAUGAAGGCCGUCUUGCUCUUCCAACCCCUGAGAACAUACUGGCUGCCAAGGACCGAACACUGAAGAUCCACCUUCCGUGGCUUUUGGAGCCAAACACUGAAAACUUUGAAGAUGAUAGUCAUCCGGUUACCAAAUCCUCUCAACAUUAUGUCUUGUGUGACAAGCCACAUGAAGGUAACAGCAAGAAUGAGAAGGACAUGCUCAGGAGAAUUGAACUUGUACCGGAGCUUGCAGGUCAGCUCAACAGCCAAGACCAACUCCUGAAAGGGAAACUUCCCUGCGUGACAUACAGCCACAGAGAUCAUGCUGGGGUUUGA